AUGAGCGACCUGGACAAAGCCAUCGCACAGCUUCGGGCAUGCCGGCCAAUACCUGAGAAUCAAGUGCGGGAGCUAUGCUACAAGGCACGAGAGCUUCUGAUAGAGGAGGGUAACGUGGUGUCCGUUGAUGCGCCAGUCACGAUUUGCGGUGAUAUCCACGGCCAGUUCCACGAUCUCAUGGAGCUCUUCAGAGUAGGCGGAGACGUGCCGGACACCAACUACCUUUUCAUGGGCGAUUUUGUCGAUCGUGGCUUCUACUCAUUGGAAUCCUUUUUACUUCUUCUAUGCUUAAAAGUACGAUACCCGGACCGGAUAACAUUGAUACGAGGUAACCACGAAUCACGGCAGAUCACGACUGUAUAUGGGUUUUAUGACGAAUGCUUAAGGAAGUACGGGAGCGCAAACGUGUGGCGAUAUUGCUGUGAGGUGUUCGACUACCUAGCACUUGGUGCACUGGUCAUGGGAGCUGCCACCGAUCUGCAGCCGACAGAUGCUACUUUCCAGGACCCGAACUCUCAAGCCACUGCAUUGUCCGAGCCAGAUGAGAUCGAGAUCGAGAUACUCAACUCGGCGGGACAAAUCAUCAAUCGCUUUCCUCGGAACAAUUACAUAGGAUCGCAGGAUCUAUCACAAAUCUCCAACACACCCUCUUCGCCAUCACAAAGUCUAGAGCAGACACCCUCGCGGAACGGUGCACCAGGCACAGGCGCUUCAUCCGCCAGUCGAGGUAGCUCAAACAACACUGGUAGUGCCGUGCUUUGCGUCCACGGCGGCUUGAGUCCUCUCAUCGAUAGCAUUGAUAAAAUCCGACUGCUCGACCGCAAACAAGAAGUGCCGCACGAAGGCGCCAUGUGCGAUCUCCUCUGGUCCGAUCCGGAUGAAAUUGAUGGCUGGGGUCUGUCACCGCGAGGGGCGGGCUUUCUGUUCGGCGCAGACAUUGUGAAGUGCUUCAACCACAAAAAUGAUCUCUCCCUCAUCUGCCGAGCGCACCAGUUAGUGAUGGAAGGCUUCAAGGAGAUGUUCGACAACAGUAUCGUCACUGUGUGGUCCGCGCCUAAUUACUGCUAUCGAUGCGGUAAUGUAGCGGCUAUUCUGGAGCUAGGUGAAGAUGGUUCUGGUGCUGGCUAUGCGCCGAGAACGAAUGGUGAUGUCGGGCGGAGUCAAGGCGGGCCUUUGGCGGAGAGAAUCGAGCAAAGGCAAGGCCCCGGGCGGAGAUAUCGAGUAUUCGAAGCGGCGCCGCAGGACAGUCGUGGCAUGCCGGCGAAAAAGCCAGUGGCGGAAUACUUCUUGUAA